UUAAUAGCUGAGCUGACAUGGAGAUGAAGGUUAAAAUAAAGCAGUGGAAUGGUGUGGCAUCCUGGUUGUGGGUAGCCAACGAUGAGAACUGCGGCAUCUGCAGAGCGCCUUUUAACGGCUGCUGCCCAGAUUGUAAGGUCCCAGGAGAUGAUUGCCCUUUGGUUUGGGGUCAGUGCUCUCACUGUUUCCACAUGCACUGCAUCCUGAAGUGGCUGAACUCUCAGCAAGUGCAGCAGCAGUGCCCAAUGUGCCGUCAGGAGUGGAAGUUUAAAGAGGGAGACACUUCCUGAAGAGAUUAAAUAAGUUCACACUCUCAGAUUGAUUCUUCUGUAUGUUUUUUAUACAAUAGUAUAUUUUACAUCCUACAAAUGUAGUUUUGUGAUUAAAUAUCCCACAAAAUGAAAAUAUUUUUUAAAAAGACAUGGUAUGGUUUUGUACAAAGUAGCUGGCAUUACAGAUAAAAUGACUGCAUUUUGCAGUCCAAGGGACAGUCAUUUUAAAUUAUGAACACAGUACAGAAUGUCACAGGACACUUACAAUGGUAUGCGCUUGUGCAUAUCUUAAAUAAUUGACAUGAAAUUCCCACAAUUUAAAAUAUUUUAAAAUUGAAUCAACUCUUUUGCACUCAUGCCUUCUUUUGCCCACAUGUCUAUAUUUCAGUGUUUUCAGUAACAAUAUAUACAUUAUUCGGAGGAAUGGUGCUACAUGAAUAUAAUAUUUUAUAUAUCAGGAUUAAAACAAGGUUGGAGGAAAGUUGAACCACUGACUCAAAUUGCCCCACAACCACCAUUUCUGUGUUUGCAAAUCAUAAAAAUGGUUAAUUCAAAUUGUAAACUUGGAUUAAAAAACUUAAAAUAUAUAGCACAUUUCCCCAUAUGCUUCCCUCAAUCACAGACAGCUAGAUAUGACUGGCCACUUCCUGAAUUUAUUCACAUAAAAGAAAUUCAAACAAGUCUCUAGAUAUGAGGUUCAGUACUUUACCUAUGAGCAAAUCUUACUCCAAUCUUUUCAUUUUCUUGCAACAUGGAAUAACUACUGAAAAAAUAGUAAAAAAAAAAUUCAUUUUGUUUAGUUUCUGUUUUAGUUUAUUUUGUUGGUUUGAUGUUAAAAAUCAUAGAUCAAAAAGACUUGCUUUUUGACAUGUACGUUUUGAUGUGUUUUUAAAUUAGCAUAGUGUGCUGUAGGGAUGACAUAUUUUUGUAGGUCAAAUCCUGGAAAUGAGUUUCUCGUUUUCAUUGUCCUCAAGUCAAUGGGUAUUUGGUUAAAUGCCUGAAAUAGGAUAACCCAUGCUCAAGCAUUUUCUACAACAUAAAAUACAUCAUCAGUAUUUUAUGUUGUAGAAAAUUGUGAUUGUUUUUUUUUAAAUGUGCUAACAUAUGGCUAAAGGAGGAUUUCGGGGUCAUUAAAUGUCUCAAUGGGAAACAGGAACAAGAAACACUGAACAGGAUAUCUACUCUACAUAUAAAUUGUGUUAAUUUGUGAAAAUUAUCAUUAUGAACAAAACAACGUAAUAAUAACUUUUGUUAGUCUCAGAGCUUGUUUUCUGCAAUAAUCCAAAAACCAAUAGAUAAAUCCAGGCAUUUGUCACCUACAAAAAUACAUAAUCACUGCAGCACUCCAUGGGCAAAUUCCAAAUGGCUUUUUUGUGACCUUGAAGGCCACUUCGGGAAGGGGGCGCCAUUUGUAGGGAAGUUCCAAACAAAAGUGAACAACUGAAUUGAAGGGCCCUUCCAGAAGUCCCUUAGCGAAGGGAACAUGCAAUGGUCACUUUACUCAUUUCACGAAAGUGAUUCUUGUGAUCUUCUGUUAGAGGAGAUCUUGCGAUGCAUUUUAAAGUUGGGGUUGAUUCAAACUUCACAUACAAACAUAAGUAGAAUAGGCGAAUUAAA